AUGACCGUGCGUGAGGCCCUGAACGCAGCAAUGGAGGAGGAGAUGCUGCGGGACGAGAACGUCUUCAUCAUCGGUGAGGAGGUCGCCCGGUACAACGGUGCCUACAAGGUCACCAAGGGUCUUCUCGACAAGUUCGGUGAGAAGCGUGUCGUGGACACGCCUAUCACCGAGAUGGGUUUCGCUGGUCUUGCCAUCGGUGCUGCCUUCGACGGUCUCAGGCCAAUUUGCGAGUUCAUGACUUUCAACUUCGCCAUGCAGGCUAUUGACCAGAUCGUGAACUCUGCUGGCAAGACCCACUACAUGUCGGGUGGUGUUCUCCCUUGUCCUAUCGUGUUCCGUGGUCCCAACGGUGCUGCCGCCGGUGUCGCGGCCCAGCACUCACAAGACUACGCCUCGUGGUACGGUCAGGUCCCUGGUCUCAAGGUCGUCAGCCCUUGGAACGCGGAGGACUGCAAGGGUCUUCUCAAGUCUGCCAUCCGGGACCCCAACCCCGUUGUCUUCCUCGAGAACGAGCUGAUGUACGGUGUGACCUUCCCCAUGUCCUCGGAGGCGAUGUCGGACGGCUUCCUCCUCCCCAUCGGCAAGGCCAAGGUCGAGCGCGAGGGUAGCGACCUCACCAUCGUUGCGCACAGCAAGAUGGUCGGCCACAGCAUGGAGGCUGCUGAGGAGCUCGCGAAGGAGGGCAUCAAGGCGGAGGUUAUCAACCUGCGCAGCAUCCGCCCUCUCGACAUCGACACGAUCAAGAAGUCGGUCAAGAAGACCAACAGGCUUCUCGUCGCUGAGGGUGGCUACCCUGCGUUCGGUGUUGGCAGUGAGAUCUGCGCCCAGAUCGUCGAGAGCGAGGCGUUCGACUACCUCGAUGCGCCCGUUGAGCGUGUAACUGGUGCCGAUGUCCCCACUCCUUACGCCGUCAACCUUGAGGGCCUCACCUUCCCCGACACCAGCGUCAUUGUCAAGGCUGCGAGGCGUGCUCUUUACAGGAGCAACUAG